UCAAAGUAAUGAAGGGGUCCAGUCAUAAGAACUUUCUUGUGGUUGAGAAAACAUUGCUUAUUUUCAGAUUUUUUAUACAAUGCAUAUGUAUUUUGUAGGAACCUUAUUUUCAUGUUGUAGGCACAUUAUGCAAUUUAUAAUUGUCCUAAGAAAACUAAUAUGCUUUCUGAUCACAUUUCUUCUAAUGUUUUAGAGCCUCUGCAAGUCAUGCAAAGGACAAAAAGUUGUGAGAGGAACCAAGUCAGUCAAGCUGGAUGUGAUGGCUGGUAUGUCUGAAAGAUUUCUUAAUUCCUCUUUUUUUUUUCAUCUGAAAAGGAGCAAUGUGAAUGAGUUGUUUGUCAUCCCUGAGGAGACCCACUAAUAGUCAAAAUACUGAUUGAUUCAAUGUGCUAACAUUUAACCACUUACCAAGCACAGCUUCCUUACUAAAACAGAGAAGACUUCAAAAGUGCAAUGCUGUCUAUGCUUAUUCAUACCCUACUAUGAUCCUCAAACAAUGUGAUACAUUGUUUAUUUGGUUGCAUAUAAAUGCUGGGGUGGAUGACAAUGAAACUAUAAAAGUUUAUAGAAGUGGUGGUGCUGAUCCUGAUACCAGGCAACCUGGUGAUCUUUUUGUUACUAACAAGGUUCAGGAGGAUCCUGUUUUUCUUAGGGACAAAGCUAAUAUUCAUGUUGAUGCCGUCCUCAGUGUAACCCAGGCAAUAUUAGGAGGAACUAUUCAAGUACCAACUCUCACAGGAGAUGUGGUUCUUAAGGUUAAGCCUGGUACUCAACCUGGUCAGCAGUUUGUUUUACAGGGGGAAAGGAAUAAAGGCGAGGAGCAAUUCCUACUAUGGAGACCAAUUUGUUCAUUUUAGUGUCACCAUACCAGCGUAAAAUUCUUUUUCUAGUCUGAUCCCAUCUUUGCUCUAAGCUUACUUGCUGGCUGGUUCCAGGUUCUUUUUUUCUCUCUAUGGUGCAGGAAUUUGAGUAAUAGACAAUGCAAUCUGAACGAGGAGUUUGCAAAGGAGGAACGAGAUGAUGAUGAAGAUGACGACGCUGCUGCAGAGCAUCAUGAUAAUAUAUUAUUUCACAGUUUUGAAAUCAUUUUUGGCUAAAACUACAUGUUUUAGUUCUUAUGAGCUUCUUGAGUUUCUUAUUUGAUAUUUAUAGAUGUAUAAUUUUUCUAACAAUUACCAUAAUUAUUAA